AUGACGCGCAUCACGGUGGUCGGCAGCUUCGCCGUCGGCCUGACGAUCCGGACCGAAACGAUGCCGGUUUUCGGUCAGACGAUCAUCGGCUCCGAUUUCGACUUCGGGCCGGGCGGCAAGGGCUCCAACCAGGCUGUCGGCGUGGCGCGCCUUGGCGCCGACGCCGCGCUCGUCACGUGCCUCGGCCAAGACCAGUUGGCCGGCGUCGCGGACGAACUCUAUGCGGCCGAAGGGGUCGGAACGGACUACAUCGAACGCAGCGCCGAGCGGGCCACCGGCGCCGGCAUGAUCAUUCUCAAUGCCGAAGGCGAAAACUUUAUCAUACUCGACAUGGGCGCGAACGAACUGAUGGAUGCGGCCUUUGUCGACCGGGCCGCCGACCGCAUCGCGCAAAGCGACAUCGUCAUGAGCGUUCUCGAAAUCCCGGUCGCCGCCGCGCACCGAGCGAUGGAGCGUGGCAAGGCGGCCGGAGCGCGCACGAUCCUCAAUCCGGCGCCGGCCACGGCACUGCCCGAGACCAUCUUCGCCCAUGUGGAUUAUCUGACGCCGAACGAAAGCGAGCUGCGCAUCCUGCUCGGCCUGGCGCCCGAUGACCCGACCGGCACGCGCGAUCUGGCGGUCGAGCUGCGCCGGCGCGGUGUGGGCACCGUGAUCGUGACCAUGGGCCAAAAGGGCGCGCUGGUGCUCCGCGACGAUCAGGAGAUGGUCGUUGCCACACCCGCUGUCCCGGUUGUCGACACCACCGGAGCGGGCGACGCGUUCAAUGCGGGGCUGGCCGCCGCGCUUGGCGAGGGCAGGCCGCUUGCCGAGGCGGUCGCGCACGGAACGGCUGCCGGCGCCCAUGCCUGCACCCGUCUCGGCGUCAUUCCCUCGCUGGCAACGCGCGCCGAGUUGGACGCGCUGAUCGAUAUUUGA